AUGAGAAACAAUGAUAAGUUAUUUCAACAAGCGUUAAAAAACUUUAUAAAACAAUGCUCAUCAUUUAAAUCGGGGGAGGAGAUGUUACAAAAUCUCACCACCUUUCUAGUUACUCUCAAUGAAUAUAUUUCAAAACUUGAUAUUCCAAAUGGAGUCAUUUCAGAUGAUUUAAACAAACUACUACUCGAAUUUUCAGAAAGUUUAUACUCAAUUAUUAAGCAAACAAAUGGAGAUUUCCUUGAUAAACAAUUUCUUUUGUAUUGGAAAAUUACAAUUUCACAAUUACUAAAAUUCACAAUCAAAAAGGAGCUUUAUUGGAAAUUGUGUCAGAUAACUUUUUGGUGUUUAACAUAUAAUACUUCCAAAUUCACACCAGUAGACACAAAAGCUUGUAUUUCCUUCUUUUUGGAUGAAAAAACACUAAAUAUUGACGAAAAUUCAAACAUGCUCGCAUUGGUAAAUAACUGUCUCUCAGAAAUUCCUUAUGAAUCCAAAGUUUUUUGGUGGAAAAUUUUUUGCAAUACAAUCUUACCAUUAUAUCUUGAUUUUGAUAUCAAAGCUGCAUCACUCGCUAAAGUGCAAACACAAAAAGUACUACCAAAGAGAAUCUUAAGCGUUUCUUGUUAUUUUAUUCAUUCAAUUUCCAACGAAAAACCAGAUAUUCGCAUGUUUGACAUAUCAGAUUUCAACAGUUGCAUUGCUGUAUCACUGUUUAUACCUCAUAUUAUAUAUACAGACAGUGAAAAAUACAAAGUUUUGAUUUCAAGCAUUGCAAAUAAUCUUUUCCCAGGGGAACUAUCAGAAGAAUCUAUUUCUGAGCGAAACUCAUUCUCUUUUUCACGAUCUUUGUUUUAUAUCCCAGAACAAUACACAAAUCAGUUAUUACAGAUACUUCCGAAACUUUUUAGUCUAUCAAGAGACUUUGUUUCGCAACUGAUUGUAUUGUUACUAAGAGAUAUCUGUACAAAUUACCCUGAUUUUGACAAAAUUGCGAUUCCUCUUCUUAGAUGCAGAUCUUUAUUAGAUCUUAUAUAUCAGAUGAACUUGAAUGAUCAGUACUUUAUAAUUAUUUCAUCACUUUUCUUUUUUAUUGCGACAGGAUCAAAAUGUUCAAUUCAACUAUUUAGAAUUUACUUUGAAUUCACAAUGUUGUAUAAAUUGACAUCUGUGGAAUGCUGGAAAUACGUUUCCGAUUCAGUUUCAUUGCAUCCAGAUAUAAAAUCUGUGGUUGAUAAAUUUAUUACUCAAUUCGUUGUAGCUUCAGCAGGGAUUAUAUUUGGUACUAAAAUAAUCAACUUUAAUAUACCAAAUAUCGAUAUGAAAAACCCUUUAUUGCUUGAAAACGAAAUUACAAAUUCUCCUGUUUCUGUCCUUCCUUAUUUCACGAAAAUGGAUUUCAUUUGGUGGCCAUAUGAAACAUUUAAGAGCUACAUGAAAGGAAUUCUUAAUGUUUUCCCAAUUUCUGAAAAUCUUCAUGUAAUUUCUGUCAUUUUUACCAUUUUAUUGAGUCUUUCGAAGUUAGUUCCUUAUAAUGACACAUCUAAUUUCUCCGAUUUCUGUGAAUUUCUUCUUUAUUCCGUUCCUAUUGAAUUAAUCGAUGAAAAAUUCAUUGAAACCGCCAUUAUAUUGCUUGCAAAGGUCAAAAAUCCAGAUCAGAAAUAUGUUUCUCAUAUAACUGAUGUAUUUAUUCCACUUGUUUCUGCGAAUGAUUUUACAAUUGAUAUUUUGAGUGAUUUGACACAAUCUAAUUCACCUGAAAUAGGCCAGAUUAUAAUCAAAUCAGUUGAUAUAUUGAUAUCAAAGAAGAUUAAGAUAGAUUCAAUGAAGAAAAUCAAUAUUUUAAUUUCAUCAAUUGCAAUCUCACAAGAAAUAGCAGAAAAAGUUCUUGAAUAUUGCAUCCAUAACUAUUCCAAGGCGUUUUCUGUCGGAUUUAUCAGGAUUGGCACAAUUUACGCUUUAUCUUCGAAAACUCCAGAAAAAGCGUAUAAAUUAAUAACGAAACCUAUUAAUGGGCGCAUGAGUUCUGAGGUGUUAUGCCUAUUUUCCAUUCUUGCCAAGAAUGAAAAAUCAAUUUUUUCAGAUGAAGCUUUAAAGAGACAAUUGAUACAAAAUAUAUAUGAACAGAAGGAUAAUAUACAAAAGUUCUCAUUAUCCCUCCUUACUUUUCAAGAUCUUUCGGUUUUUUCGAACCAAAUUUCUGAUUUUUCCAAUAGUUUCAUCAAAAAUCCAUCACAGGAUAUCCAUUCUCUCAUUGAAUUAACAGAAUAUUCAAUUAUCGACGCGUUCGACCACCAAAACAAUGGAAAUUUCAUUGAAAUCGAUAAAAUUGAAUCAGAUCAAGACAAUUUUCUUAUAAGGAAGAACAAUUUGUAUGGAGAAGUUGAUAUUAAUAUAAAACCAAUUAAGCCAGAACUUUUUGACCAAAAAAUCGAAAAUGAUUCUUGGAAUUCAACAGAAAAACAUGAAAAAAACACAUUAGAACAUCAAAAUAGCGUUGAUAAUGCAUUAAAAUCAGCAAUAAACACUAUUCCUGACCAGAAAAAGUAUAAUCCUUCUGAUUUUCAUUUUAAUGACGUCGAAUUACCAAAAAUCGAGUUGGAAACCAACCAAGAGAUGACGCAAAUCAAGAAAAUAGGUGAUGAAGCCCUUAAUUCCUACUAUUCGAUGCUAAAAGCUUUUUCAGAAAAAAGAGAUUUGACAGGAAAGAAAGCAUUUGAUAAUUAUGAGGUCGACAUCAUUAUUCCUCAGAUAAUAUCACUUGCUUUUAAAGAUUUUCUUAAUAAAUUAGGCGAAAAAGGACCAAAUUCGAUCAUUUACACCGAAUACAGGUAUAAAAUCACUUAUCACCUAUGUAAUACUCCUUCCCAGUGCAAAUCAUCAACAGUUUUGAUGCUUUGCUCUGAUAAAAUCCAAGGAUUUAUUUCAUCAAAACAAAUCUUUCUCUGGGAGCAAGGAAAUUUGAUUGGAUUGUCUUGUGCUAAUGAUAAUUAUGGUAUUUUCAGCGGAAACAUGUUAUUUACACCAGAAACACUUGCCAAGUUAUUGCCAUGGUGUAUUGCUUAUAAUGAUGAAAGCACAACGAAGUCAAAGAGAUAUGAAAUAUUAAAUAAGUUUGUUUGUAAGUAA